UGGGUAGGGCCCCAUAGAAGCAAACUGGGAGUUUGCAUCUCAAGUAGAGAGGGGCAGCAAACGCACACCAACUCAUGCUCACAGAGGAGUGAGUGUCGUCUUCCUGUGUGACCAACUCCCCUCACAGAUGGGCCAAGGGCCAAGAUUGGCGGCACCCUGGAGUAGGCAACUGCUUGGGAAUUCAUGCCACCGGGUGAGGUGCGUCUCAUCAGGCGGCACCUCGCCUUGUCCCUGGUGAAAAUUCGGAUUCAGUGACGAGAUUUAUCGACGAUUAUGACUGUGUCUUAACUGGUUUUAAGCACCGACGUGGAGGUGGGAUGGAACUCUGUCAAGGGCUUCGGUGGAUCGGCCAAGGUGAUUGCUGCUACUGCUGCUGCUGCUGCUGCAGUUUUCGACUCAUCGUUGCCGUUGAGGUUUUGUUUCAGAAGACGUGUGUGUUUGAAGAUUUAUGUGACAGCGCUCGUGUGGCUUUUUGAAGCUCGAUCGUCAUGCCGAUGAGUUUGGCGCACCAGGGUGUGAAUUUCCAUAACAUUUUUUCUGGAUGCGGAUCAGAGCCUUUGCUCAAUCCCGAUGCUCAACCACCUCGGAUCUCGGACUCUCAGCUUGACGGCGGCGCGGUUCUUCACCCUGCCAUUUGGAGCAACUUGCCUGAGAGCAUCCUGCACUCCGUGUUCUCGAAGCUGUCUCUCAAGAACCUCACUCGCAUUCGCAGCCUUAAUAAGCUGUGGAAGUCAACUGAUUUUUUUUCUAAUGGAGUGAACAGCAAGAAGACGGGCCGCUUCGCUCUCUUGAGAGGCGGACAAGACCUCGCUUCGGAACAGCACGAGGUCUGGGUCUUUGAUACUCCAGCGCAGGAAUGGUGCAAGUUUAAUCUCGGUCAUUUCCCGUCAUCUCUCGUGUUCAAAGGUCCAUUUGCCGCUGCAGGCGGGCUACUGUGUUACAUUUCCCAGACCAGCCAUGGCGGCAAACUGAAACUCAUUGUCAGCAAUCCCCUGAUGAGAACAUGGCGCUUACUGCCGCCAAAUCUCAACCUCUGCGAUUUUCCCACUCUCACCCACAUGUCCUACCUCCUGGACCAGUACUCUAUCACCCUCGUUGGAUUAUGUGAGGACACAGGCGCCAUGACCAUUGAGAUAUACGAGUCUGGAUCCAACACUUGGACAUCUACUGACCAUCCCCCACAGCUCACAUCCUACUACAAUUUCUUCAAGGAAGAUGACUACCUUGGCCUCGCCACCAUCGAUAUGCGCUCCAAGAGCAUCAUGCGCAUCAUGUACCCAUAUGCGCUCCAGAAGAGCGGUUUCCUGAGCCGCGAUGAGGAUAAGUGCUGGAUUCUUGAAAGCAAAGGGGGCCUGUUCAUGUGCAGCAACGCGCCACGCAGGGAAGGCAUCUGGCAGAGGCUGGAGACAGAGUGGAAGCGCGUCUGCGUGCUCCCCAAACAGUUGCACAAGUAUGAGAGAACUGAUCUGUACAUUUCGGAAGAUGUCGUCUUGCUCGUAGGGUCAGAGCCGCGCUGCUUCUUGCCCCAGUUCGAGGAUGAGGAUCCGCACAAACUCAUCGUUUUUAACAAGGAGACAUGUCGGUGGAGCAUUUUACCGCAAAUUAGUUCAAAUUUUGGCACUCUGGAGGAGCUCCUGCGAGGACUCAUAUUUGAGCCUAGGUUUGAUACGAAACCUUGAUCCAUGCUCGCGAAGCUCAAACUUCGUGGAAAAGAUAAUCCUCGCAUCUAUCACCACCUUGUAAUAACAUACAGAGGUAAAAAUUAGGGUUUACGUUUAGUCCGACAGCAAAAGUUCCCAACGAGCUUCGCAAAAAGUAACCAACUUUACAUUGGAGUAAAGUAAUCAUCCAGGGAGCAGCACUUGAAUAUUUUUCUCCCAAUCAGGCACGUACACAAGCUUAAAUUAGUUCUGUUGAUGAGCGUUCGAUCGAAUCGACUCCAUUUCAGAGAAACAGUGUUUUAGGUGUGGCUUACCAUCGUACACUGUAUUCUGUGAAAAUGAUUGUAAGCGUAUCCAUGAGAUUUUUUAUGAUGCCACACAUUUUGUCCAGUGCCAUA